AUGGAGGGUGGCGGCGGCCUGGGGCGCGCCGUGUGCGUGCUGACCGGGGCCUCCCGCGGCUUCGGCCGGGCGCUGGCCCCGCUGCUGGCUCGGCUGCUGGCGCCGGGCUCCUUGCUAGUCCUAAACGCCCGCAACGACGAGGCGCUGCGGCAGCUGGAGGUCGAGCUGAGCGCUGGGCAGCCCGGCCUGCGCAUAAUGCGGGUGCCUGCUGACCUGGGCGCCGAGGCCGGCCUGCAGCAGCUGCUCGGCGCCCUCCGCGAGCUUCCCAGGCCCGAGGGGCUGCAGCGGCUGCUGCUCAUCAACAACGCGGGCACUCUUGGAGAUGUGUCCAAAAACUUCGUGAACCUGAGUGACCCAGCUGAAGUGAACAGCUACUGGGCCCUGAACUUGACCUCCAUGCUCUGCCUGACCUCCUGCAUCCUGAAGGCGUUUCCUGCCAGUCCUGGCCUCAGCAGGACUGUGGUGAACAUCUCGUCGCUGUGUGCCCUGCAGCCCUUCAAGGGCUGGGCGCUGUACUGUGCAGGGAAGGCUGCCCGGGACAUGAUGUUCCAGGUGCUGGCUGUAGAGGAGCCCAGUGUCAGGGUGCUGAGCUAUGCCCCAGGCCCGCUGGACACGGACAUGCAGCAGUUGGCCCGGGAGACCUCCGUGGACCCAGACUUGCGAAAGAGGCUGCAGGAGCUGAAGGCAAGGGGGGAACUCGUGGACUGCAAGGAGUCAGCCCAGAAGCUGCUCAGCCUGCUGCAAAAAGACACCUUCAAGUCUGGAGCCCACGUGGACUUCUACGAUAAAUGA